GGGUGGGCUAAAGGGGAAGUUCUAUCUUUUUCUCUCCACGCGGUUACCGGUUUCGGUCGGUCUACCGAGGUUCUGUUGAGUGAUGCCGGGAAAACUCCUUAGUGACGUGGACUUGGAAUCAGACACUACCAUGGGAAAAUUGGAGACACAGCGAAAGCAAAAUGAGAAGAAAGAUAAAAAAGAGAAGCCAAAAUCUAAUAAGACUAAAGGGUCAGCAGAAGAAAAGGAGGAGACUAUUUCCCCCAAAGCUAAAAAAAUUAAAAAGGCAGGACCUUCUGAAGUUGACAUGAAUUCUCCUAAAUCCAAAAAGGUAAAAAACAAAGAGGAGCCAUCUGAAACAGACAUUAUUUCUCCUAAAACUAAAAAUGUGAAAAAGAAAAAGGAGGGCUCUGAAAACAAAAUUGUUUCUCCUAAAAUCAAAAAAAUAAUAAGUGAGGAACCUUCUGAAGAAGAAAUAGGUGUUCCUAAGCCCAAGAGGAUAAAGAAAGAAAAGGAAAUGAAUGGAGAAAUUGGAGAGAAAAGUGCCAAGCUGAAUGGAUUGUCCCAUUCUGAAUCUGACGCUAACUCCAAUGAAGCUGCAAGUGAAGAAAGUAACGAGUUAAAACAGGAAAUACCUGUGGAACAAAAAGAAGGCGCUUUCUCCAAUUUUCCCAUAUCUGAAGUGACUAUUAAACUUCUCAAAGCCCGAGGGGUGACCUUCCUGUUUCCCAUACAAGCAAAGACUUUUCACCAUGUGUAUAGUGGAAAGGAUUUAAUUGCACAGGCACGGACAGGAACUGGGAAGACAUUCUCCUUUGCCAUCCCUUUGAUUGAGAAACUUCAGGGAGAACUGCAAGAUAGGAAGAGAGGCCGUUCCCCUCAGGUACUGGUUCUUGCACCUACAAGGGAGUUGGCAAAUCAAGUAAGCAAAGACUUCAGUGACAUCACAAAGAAGCUGGCAGUGGCUUGUUUUUAUGGUGGAACUCCCUAUGGAGGUCAAAUUGAACGCAUGCGGAAUGGGAUUGAUAUCCUGGUUGGGACACCAGGUCGUAUCAAAGACCACCUACAGAACGGCAAACUAGAUCUCACCAAGCUUAAGCAUGUUGUCCUGGAUGAAGUUGACCAGAUGUUGGAUAUGGGUUUUGCUGAUCAAGUGGAAGAGAUUUUAAGUGUGGCAUAUAAGAAAGACUCAGAAGACAAUCCCCAAACAUUGCUUUUUUCUGCAACUUGCCCUCAUUGGGUUUAUAAUGUUGCUAAGAAAUACAUGAAAUCUGCAUAUGAACAAGUGGACCUGAUUGGUAAAAAGACUCAGAAAACUGCAAUAACUGUGGAGCAUCUGGCUAUCAAAUGCCACUGGACUCACAGGGCAGCGGUCAUUGGGGAUGUGAUUCGGGUAUAUAGUGGCUAUCGCGGGCGCACAAUCAUCUUCUGUGAAACCAAGAAAGAUGCCCAGGAGCUGUCACAGAAUGCCUGCAUAAAGCAGGAUGCCCAGUCAUUGCAUGGAGACAUUCCACAGAAGCAAAGGGAAAUCACCCUGAAAGGCUUUAGAAAUGGUGAUUUUGGAGUUCUGGUGGCAACCAAUGUUGCUGCACGUGGGUUAGACAUCCCUGAGGUUGAUCUGGUUGUACAAAGCUCUCCACCAAAGGAUGUGGAGUCCUAUAUUCAUCGUUCCGGGCGAACAGGUAGAGCUGGAAGGACAGGAAUUUGCAUCUGCUUUUAUCAGCACAAGGAAGAGUAUCAGUUAGCACAAGUGGAGCAAAAAGCGGGAAUUAAAUUUAAACGAAUAGGUGUACCUUCUGCUACAGAAAUAAUAAAAGCUUCCAGCCAAGAUGCCAUCAGGUAUUUGGAUUCUGUGCCUCCCACUGCCAUUAGUCACUUCAAGCAGUCGGCGGAGAAACUGAUAGAGGAGAAGGGGGCUGUGGAAGCUCUGGCAGCAGCACUGGCCCAUAUUUCAGGUGCCACAUCAGUAGAACAGCGCUCUUUGAUCAACUCAGAUGUGGGCUUUGUGACCAUGAUCUUGCGGUGCUCGGUUGAAAUGCCAAACAUUAGCUAUGCUUGGAAAGAGCUUAAAGAGCAGCUGGGCGAGGAUAUUGAUUCCAAAGUAAAGGGAAUGGUCUUUCUCAAAGGAAAGCUGGGCGUUUGCUUUGAUGUCCCCACUGCAGCAGUAACAGAAAUACAGGAAAAAUGGAAGGAUUCACGGCGCUGGCAGCUGUCUGUAGCCACAGAGCAACCAGAGCUGGAAGGACCACGGGAAGGAUAUCGAAGUUUCAGGGGACAGCGGGAAGGCAAUCGAGGUUUCAGGGGACAGCGGGAAGGAAACAGAAGCUUCAGAGGACAGCGAUCAGGAGGUGGCAACAGAAGUAACAGAUUCCAAAACAGAGGCCAGAAGCGGAAUUUUAGUAAAGCAUUCGGUCACUAAUUUGAAGUAGAGGAUUUAUAUGGCAAAAACAGAUUUGUUCGACACCAUGGAACUGAACUUUAUUUUUCAUACAAAGUUAAAAGCACAUUGUGCUUCCUUUUGACCACUUGCCCAGUCCCCAUCUCUCCCAGGGAAAUAAGCUUUCUGUAAAUUAUUUCUUCUGGUCAUUAUCAGAUAUAACGUUAUUGUUACUUCUGUAUCAGGUUUUUCUGAUACACCUAAAAAGGUGUAUGAAUUCUUUACGUUUUUAUUCUAAUAGAUUGUCUGUAGAUUACAAGGUAAAAUCACCUGCAUAUCUGCCUGUACUUUGUAAGUUGAACUGUCUUUAUACUCAAAAGUGUCUCUUGGGAGCAUCCUUCCCCAAAGUAAAUACCUGAAGGAAUUCAACAAUCUCGGAUGAACCUCUGAGCUGUCCAAGUUUUGUUCUGUAAUUGGCAUUCCUAGGCCACUGCUAAACAGUUACUCAUGCGGUCCUAUAACGUGUCUUCUGAGAAAUAAUACUGAGCAUUGUUUUGAAACAAGAUUUCAUAUUCAGCAGGAUUAUAAUACAGUUUUAUGCCAGUGUAUGCUCUAGAUUUAGAGGAUCAUUUGACACAUAGAUGAGAUAAUACAUAGAUGAGUCGUAGUUUUUAUGUGCAUUUUGAUAAGUUUUAGCUUCUCAGUAUAAGGUGAUUUAUGUUAUGUUACAUCAGUGAAUUCUUCACAUAUGUAUUAUAUAUAUUAUAUAUAAUAUAUAUAAGGAAGUAAAUUUUCAAAGAAAGCAUCUGUCUUUAAGGAACUCCAAAUGUAUAACAUGGCUCCAUAACGUUUUUUGUAUGAAGGAGGCUGGAUAGAUGGUGCUAGAAUGGUACUGUAAUCCACUUCUUCCUAUUGGAAGAUCAACAUUAUUAUUUAUUAAGAAGGAUUUAAGGGGGGAGGGCACACAGAUAUGCAUUGCUGGUGUUAGAGGCUUCCUUUUAAGAUAAACUAUGUGGUUAUGUCAAAGUUGUUGAUUUGAGGGAACUAAAACAUUUCAUGUAGCUCCUGGUCAAAAAUUCUCUGCCUGGUUCUCAGAUAUUAUUUCUCUGGGAAUCUUUAUGUUCCAUGGCCCAGGAGUGCCAUUGUCUUCUCCCCUAAUUCUUAAGACUUCUGUAGUGGGAGAAUCUCAGGGAACAAACUAUAAUAGGAGAAUUAAAAAUAUAUAGUUUCUCUCAUUUUCAUUUAAUUAUUUUGAACAAAUUAAAAACAACUAAAAUAUUUCUAGGUCCUUGUUUCUCUCACUUAAUUGGGUCUUUAUAUCUAACUGCCUCUUACCUAACCUUGCAAUAAAGGGCUCUGAUAGCCAACUUGACUCUUGAUCCUUGAAGCAGGGUCCUUUUUCUACUUGAACUUGAGUUUUAUUCUAGAAUCCUGACUGCAUGUUUCUUGCACUUUUUUCUCAAAAAUUCUCUUUGCUUUUAUUUUUUGGUCCACUUGACAAUUUUGUCACUUGUACCUCUUAUUCCUUCAGGGUCUCCCAGUCACACCACAGGGAUUUAGGGGAAGGUGUUGGAUCAGUCCGCGUGUAUGUGUCUUGUGGAUUAUAACUUAUUAGAUUCUGUUUUUACCCAAAUAUUGGGCAUGCUUUAAUGACAACGAGAAGAUGUCAUGAUUUGGAUAGGGAUGGGUUCCUUGCCAAAAGGAUGUGGUACCUGUCCUCGAGGAAGAGACUGCUAAAACCUUGAUGUGGAUUAUCCUAAAGAAAAAAGUCAGGCACAAAUCAAGAAUAAGAGGGAAGAGUAAAGGUUGUUCUGGAUCCCAGAAUUCAAACCAUAUUUAUAAAUGUAUAAUUCACUUAGUAUUUGGUUUAAACGGGCUUGUUGAGCUACCUUGGGAAAUGUUAUUUUUGCUAUUUUCUACACAGAAAAUAUUUUCCAAUUUACUUAUCAUACAACUCAAUGGACUUUUAAAAUACAAACCAUUUUUUAAGUUGGAGGCUGGCUGUACAGUGGUUUCUCUAUAGUUGUACAUAAAAUGUUUUUACUGUAAAAUUGAGUUAACAUAAAAUACUGCUUUAUGUCAUAAUAAAAAUAUUAGUACUAAAUUUUA